GUCGAGAUCAUUAUCCAUCGCAGCCUGACCGCUUGGAUGCGAUUCGCAAGAAGUACUUGAUUCGAGGCUGCUAUACCCCAUUCGGAGAAAUCAUUGAGCUUAAAGCCUUUGCCAAGUCAAUUGUUAAGAGAGAAGGCAUCCCCGGAAACCUCUCCUGGGAUCCAGACGGGAAGUCAUUUAUAAUCGGACAUGACAUCAAGUUCAAGCUUUCUGAAUUUUGCGCAACCCAUUGCAAAGCCAUUAAACUCGUGGGAGAGCGGAUAGACGAGAUGAUGUUAGGGCUUGAAGUGGAUAUCAAGACGGACAAGAUCCAAGAUGACCUCACUUGCCGAAAAGCCGGAUGGUCUUUCAUACAAGACCCAAAGAACAAGCUAGCGGACACCUGGGAGCAAUUAGCAGAUACCCUGAGAUCGUCAAGUUUUCGCGGCAAACCUUUUAUCAAAGGCACGGACUGGCAGGUCGACACCUGUAUAGCAUAUCUUAAUGCUGGUAUAGACCUCAGUAAGCUGACAUUCGCUGCAUCGCAUCUUUCGGGAGGGUUACCCGGAAGGGGUACCGAGAUACCAUACGCCACCACUCUUUCGGCAUACCCACUCUUUCGGCAAGCAAAAUAAAAAAAGCUCCACCAAAACUCCCCAACUUCACUUACGCCAGAAUUGACUAAAGUAAAUGGCUAGAUAAUA